GCCUCGACGGAGGCGGCGGUAGCGACGUCCGGCGUCGCGACGCUUGCCGUGCCGUAUCGUGUCGCGUGUCGCGUCAUCAGCUGCAGCAAAAUCGUCCACGCAAACUCGUCCGAUGUAAUCUGUGUGGAGCAAAAAAAAGAGGAAGUUGCGCAUGUCAGCGGGAUCCGAGAAGGGUUAUGGCGUUAGAGUAGUACGGGAUAUAUGACAUAACGGGUGGCUAACAAAAGUACAUUGGUUGGUCGGGAUAACUAAAUGGGUGAAUUUACUUUAAGUGGCUGCCCGAACAUUAUUUCCUCAUUGAGUGCAGUGGACAUAUCGGUGAACGCCGGCAAUACUAGUUCCAAUCUAAUUUAUUUCACCACACCUAAGCGAAGUGAAUCCCGUUCAACAAAUAUGCAAGAUGAAUUUGUCGACAAAACAGCUGUUGUUGCUGUAUGUUGCUGUGCACCUGACGGAUCCGAGGACACCGUCGACAAGAAGGAGGACGGAAGCGUCGCAGGUGAUAUGCAGGAAACAUCCAAGUGCGACGGACAGGCUAUAAAGACCACCGGACCCGCGGCAUUGUUCCAGCCCGAUCAGACCAGUACACCUGAUCCGAGUACCCUCUGGUCGACGGGUAUCGAGGAGGCCUUCGUACCGAACCUACCAAAUGUGAAUAGUAGUUUAGGUUUUCAAAAUUUCUCUCCACCACAACAGCAGCAACAACAGCAGCAGCAACAACAACAACCACAAUCGCAGCAGCAACAACCGCAGCAGCAGCAACAACAACAAGCCCAUCUCUUCAACCAGAACCAAGGAAGGCGCGCGAUUACAGCAAGCCACAACUUCCCGCAUAACAUAACACGUCCGCAGCCCUUGUACAAGAACUACGGCACAUGGGGCAAUCCUGGACAGAGCUGGUCGACGAACACGUCGGUAUGGAACCGGGGCCGGAGCGUACCAAACCUGACUCCACUACAGCAGAUGGGAGUCGCGAACAGAAAACCAAGUCCUACAUUCAACCAGCAGCAGCAAGUCAUCUCUCCCGUCAAGUUUAGGAGAAGUACUUCCUAUCCUGGCAAGGGGCCCUUUCCACAGCCACCCACCUUCGAAAUCACUAAUAUGGAUGAAACCCGAGAACUCCAUCCGUUUCAGGAGAGGUGCGGUGUCGUGAAUGCCAACGGCGGAAGCCCUCUGGAAACGAUGAAGGGCUUCGAGCACAUCCUCAAUGACAUCAUGAGGACCCCGUCGGAACCCAGCGAUCUUCGAGGAUUCAUAAAUUGCAAUGCCAAUGCCUACCAAUCGCUGUCGCAACUGCAAGCGAAAGGUGGCUACUUCAGCGGUCUCGAGGAGCAGGCAGGCACUGUCCUGCUAGAGGAACCCAGUCACCUGGUGGAUGGCUCCUUGGGUGGAGCUCAACCAAUGAGUUCACCCUCCAGAUCCUCGCCACACUCCCAAGGCUCCGAAGGCGGCGAGAGGUUCUCCCGCAAGGUCUUCGUAGGUGGACUACCACCAGACAUCGAUGAGGAUGAGAUCACAGCUAGUUUUAGGCGGUUCGGUGCGCUGGUUGUCGAUUGGCCGCACAAGGCGGAAAGCAAAAGCUACUUCCCUCCGAAGGGUUACGCUUUCUUGCUGUUCCAGGAUGAGAACUCCGUUCAAAGCUUAAUAGACGCAUGCAUAACCGAUGAGGAUAAGCUGUAUCUAUGCGUAUCAUCGCCUACAAUAAAAGACAAGCCCGUGCAGAUCCGGCCGUGGCGACUCUCAGAUGCUGAUUUUGUCUUAGACGCCUCGAUGCCGCUUGACCCCAGGAAAACGGUGUUCGUCGGUGGCGUGCCGCGUCCUUUGAAAGCAGUUGAACUAGCGAUGAUAAUGGACAGACUGUACGGGGGUGUCUGUUACGCCGGAAUCGAUACGGACCCGGAACUCAAAUAUCCGAAAGGGGCUGGUCGGGUGGCUUUCAGCAAUCAACAAAGCUAUAUUGCUGCUAUCAGUGCGAGAUUUGUGCAACUGCAGCAUGGCGACAUCGACAAGAGGGUAGAGGUGAAGCCCUACGUCCUGGACGAUCAGAUGUGCGAUGAGUGCCAAGGGCAGCGAUGCGGAGGUAAAUUCGCUCCGUUCUUCUGCGCCAACGUCACCUGUCUUCAAUACUACUGCGAGAAUUGCUGGGCGACGAUUCAUUCGCGUCCAUUGAGAGAGUUUCACAAGCCCCUGGUGAAGGAGGGUGCGGACAGGCCAAGGGCGGUUCCUUUUCGCUGGUGUUAACGUAGGGGCGCUUAGUACAGCGACCGCCCUUUAGCUUAUUACCAAAGGUCGCUGUCUGUCUCUGCAUAGGCAUAAUUAUAUAUUAUCUAGUAGCAAUUAUACAUAUACAUACAUAUACUAUAUAUUAUAUAUAUGUAACCAGUUAUCUUUCUGAAUGCGCUGGUGGCAGCGGAUCCACUCAAAAGCACUGGCCAAAAAGAAAAAGAAAACGUUGGACGAGUGAAGAACUGUCUCCUCUCUGCUCGCAGGAACUGAUUGUUGUGUUAUAUAAAUCUAGUAAGUCAAGUCCCAAAGUCGUCCUACCCAUCCGUAUUCUGUAAAUGACUUCGACCAGUUCGGAGGGCGGAAGGACCCGCGCCCAUCGUAUUCCGAACACGUGUCUACCUAUAUCAUCGGGGUUAUAUCAUUGGCAAUACGUCUGCCAGAGCCGCGCCGACUUCUUCCCAGGCGGCCACUGCUACCAAAAAAAAAACUUUAUACCACCACCCCUCCCCCAACAAACUCAAUCCUACCUCCCACGCCCCCACGAAACAGGUGCAUCGUGUAAUAUUAUUAUUUCUUUUAUAUAUCAUUUUCUGUUUUGUUUCAAGUAUUACGAAACGCCCGGGAGGAAGACGACGCGGAUUUUAGCCCUGAAAAGGAAUAACUAAUGCUAUAGUAUUUCCUAAAACACCCCCUCAUGUACCGAGUUUUAUAACCCCUCCCCUCUAAUCCUAAAUACAACCCGUCACUCCUCUGAA